AUGACGACUACGCCUGCAGCGGAGGUGCCGGCGCAUGCAGGUGCGGACGCGCACGCGCAAGAGGAACAGGUCAGCCCGCAGGCUGCGGCGCUGCGCGCGAUGUUUCCCGAUUUCGAUGUUGCUGUCCUUCAAUCAGUAUUGGAUUCGGUCAAUGGCGACCAGGAGCGCGCGAUCGACCUCCUGCUCGGCAUGAGCGACCCGGACUACGUCUCGACGCAGCCCGCACCUCAGCCCGAACAGCCUUCCGUGGACCUGGACGAGCAGCUCGCCCGGCAGCUGAUGCUCGAGGACCAGCGCGAGCAGCAGCGUGCUUCCGGUAACUCCUGGCCCCGACGCGACCAGGCCGAAGUGCCCUACCAGGCGCGGCAGACAUCGGGAGGCCGGGCUGGAGUGCCGCCGGCUGAGGGACGGAACGACUUGCAGGAGCUGCAACGCACGAUGGGGCAGAUCGCGGAAAGCGGAAAGCGUACGUUCAGCUCUAUCGUAUCGAAAGUGAAGGCGAAGAUUAAUGAGUACGAGGCAACGAGGUUCGUCUCCCAUCUAUCUCCGAACCCAGGUCAGGCCGCCACCACAUCCACCCAACCACAAUGGGGCGCCGCCCCCUCCGGCCAGCUCGAUCGACACUCCGCAUCGCAGGCGGCGUACCAGCAGCAAUACUACGCGGGCGAGCCCAGCCCCGCAGCAGACCAGCCUAUCUCCCUGAAUGGCCCCUCUACCACCACGCGCGAGCCGGUCCAGGGGUACGACCUCGAUGCGCCCCCUGCACAGCGUAGCGCCCCGCCCGUGGCUGCGCCCAUUCCUGGCCUACCCACGGGCCCUACAUCGGGGGCGUCGCUGUCGCCCGCAGCGUCGCCGCGGCCCUCCGGAGACGUACCGAGGCCGCCGACAACUGCUAGUGGCAGCCCUGUAAAUGCUGCUAAGAUCGGGUUGUUGCCGAAACGCCCAGUGUCGCUUUUGAACGCGAACUCGCCGCCGCCGACGCGGCCGAGCGACGAGGAUGACGAGCUAGAGUAUGUCGAGAACCCAUUCGAGGAAAGGAAGUAG